UGACAGGAAGAGUCCCCCAUAAGCACUUCCGGUCGAGCGGGCGCCGGCCUAACGACCGGGUUCACCGCUCUACCGCUGGCGAGUCCGCCGGUAAGGAGCCGGGAUGCGGCUGCUGCGGGGCGGGCUGGGCUUCCUGCUGCGCCCGGGGAUCCGUCGCGGGCCCGGGCAGCCUCUCUACCAGCAAGGCCAGAGCCCGUCGCCGCGCACCCGCGAGUACUUCUACUACAUCGACCAUCAGGGACAGCUUUUCCUGGAUGAUGCUAAGGUCAAGAACUUCAUCACGUGUUUCAAAGACAAGCAGUUCCUGGUUUUCUUCUUCAAGCAACUGAAGUUGAACCGCAGCGGCCGCUACGAAGAAUCCUUCCCUUACCUGUCGCCCUGCGGCCGGGAGCACAACUACGUCCGUUGCGAUGACCGGCCCAUCGUCUUCACCCACCUCCUGGAGGGACCCCAGGGCCAGCAGUCGCUGUCCUUCUGCGGGGGCGCAGACCGCCUGGCCAUGCCCUUCCAGCCGGAGAAGCUGGUCAUGUUGGCCGAGAACGGGCGGGUCUAUCACCCGGGGCCGGAAAAGGUUGGCGGGGUGGGAUUGGUCAAGUCAUCCUUGGCCUUUGAGCUGAGCCCUUGCUUUGAGUACCAGGACGGACCCGGUCAGCCACCCACUCAUUUCCACUGGCAAGAGAAGAGGCACCCUCUGACGAACGAGCUGCUGCGGUUGAUCUGAGGCCGUUGUAGAGUGAGGAAGGCCUUCCAACACUCAGAGGUCUCCUUGUUGGCGCCGUUGGCUUGGCAGAAACCAAACUGCGUCCCUCCUGGGUGCUCGUUUAUCCAAGGAGGCCAUCUCAAGAAGGUCUUCUCGUUGGCCCUCUUGGGCGUCCUUGGCUUGAUAGAAACCCAAACCACAUCCCCACCUGCCAUUCCAGGUGCCUUGUUUAUCCAAGGAGACCAUCUCAAGAAGGUGGCUGGAAGCAUCCAUCCAGAACUCCAGUAGAGCAAGGAUCCUGGACUAAGUUUCUCGGAAUAAAAAUCAUUUUAUGGUU